AUGGCAGCCCGCGCAGCAGCAGCAUCGGUGUUCAUCGAGGCGCCUCGGAGGUCAGAGGAGGCACGGCAGCUCGCGGACCCUCACGGGGAAGGAUUGCGGGAGUACUUGCUCAGCAGGUGGGGCGAGGGCAAGGAUGUGUGUACUAUCGCGUGGCACUGUUCGAGGGCUGGGCUCAGUGGCUUGGGCGACUUGGCAUGUGACCCUGCAGGCUCGGCGCACCACACUCACCACAUUCGGGAAGCGCUUGGCAUGAACAACCGCGGGGCGUUUUACACCACAAAGGUCCCCAUGUGGGACCAAGACACCCAGACGCGGACCUACUGCGCCUUCCCGUUGCCCCUCCCGCACGAGACUUUCAGCAGCACCUACGAGGCAAACCCUUCGAACUAUGACCUUCGCCGCCUAGGCUCCCAGAACGUCCCGCCACACUUCGAGACUCAUGCCGUGAAACUUCUGACGGGGGAUCUUGCUUUCCCAGUGGGGUGCUACUCCGACGGGGUACCCCACACGAAGAAGGACAGUUUCAUCACAUUCUCGUGGAGCAACUUUGCGACCUCGGCCCGCCACACAAUCGGCAUCGUUCGAAAGAGCGAUCUAUGCCAGUGUGGCUGCCGCGGGAUGUGCACCCUGGCAGCCAUCAUGAGAAUCAUAGUAUGGUCAUUUAACGUGAUGUCCACAGGCAUGUGGCCCGACCGUGGCCACGACGACGCGCCAUUCGAUGACGAGAUCCGUGCUGCUCGGCGCGGGUUUCCGUUGGCUGGCGGGCUCUGUGCCGCCGUCUGCGAGAUGAGAGCGGAUCUCCUGGAGAUCCACCAGGCGUGUGGAUUCAAGCGCUGGGACAAUGUGGAACACCCCUGCUGGGCAUGUAAUUGUCGCAAGGAUCAGCUGUUUGACUUCCCUCUGUCUGUGGCGAGCUGCCCAUGGGUAGACAAGACUCCUGUGCAAUACGCCGAGAUAAUGCGCUCAGCGGUGAAGACUGUUACAGUUACUUCGAAGGCGCAGUUCAAGCGCCUAAUGAAAUGCUGUCGCCACGAUCCUGAGUUGUGGGGGUUUGGCACCUGGUGUAAUUUCCCUGAGCUCGGCUUGCCUGCAGGCUACAGACUGCUGCACCAGGGCUAUGUCACUGACACCCACAGGAUGGACGAGGUUGAAGCCCUGUUCAGUCCAGGUCGCUCUGUUCGGCUGGAUUUCUUCGACGUGCACAACAAUGCGGGGAUCAACUUCGUGGCGCCAAUCCUGGGCGUCGUGGGGUUCACAGUGGCGAUGAUCUGCUUAGACGUCAUGCACGUGCUCGAUUUGGGCUGCACGCAAAGGCUGGUGGCCACGGUCUUCUGGACCCUCAUCGAGGCGAAUUUUGCCAGGAGUUCGGCUCGGACAGCGAUCAUACGUAGAGCGCACAACCUGAUCCACUUGAGGCGCCGCAUGAAGGCCUUCUACCUUGCCAAUGCUGCCAUCUUCGCGCGUGGGGCGCAAUCGAGGAUAUUCAAGAUUAGCUUGAAGAUGCUCGGGGACGCGGGCCAGCCGAGGCUUCACGCCAAGGCUGCCGAGACAAGGUACCUCGCCCAAAGGGACAUGGAGGCGCGCAUGUUGGAAUUCCUUCAGUGCUGGAAGGCCAGCGGCGGCCACUGUACAUAUAAGCACCACAUGUGCUACCACCUUGUGAAGUCCGCCAGGGUCCUGGGCAACCCCAGGUUCUACUGGACGUAUAAAGACGAGGGGACCAAUCGUGCGCUUGCGGCCGUGGCGAAGUCAGUUCACCAUGGGCCAACCUUCUAUUUUGCUUUCCUCGAGAAGUACACGGGGUGCUCCAGCGCUCCGCCACCGCCUGGGCCGCUCACGCGGAACCUCACCGCUCCGGUGCUGCGGGUGGCGGAUAAAGCGGCAGGGUCCGGCGUACCGUUGUACCUGCGCGUGGUGCUCGCAGUCGUUGUGGUGUUCGCGGGUACGUUGCGGCGUUCGCAGGUGAACGUGAUGAUGGCCCCGAAUCGCGGCCACAUCGGGCGCCCGACGCGCCCGCCCACGCCCCAUGGGAGCCUCGUCUACCUCGGCGCCCUGACUGGCGCUGAGGCGGGAGGCGCCCAGCCGCGCGGGAUGGUGCCGCUCUGGGCCGCCAUGGUCCUCGUUAUGGCGCUGGCUGGGCAGCUGGCGCGGGGGUGCCGCUUCGCCUCCAGCUUCUGCAUCAUCGUGGAGGCGACCGACACCGACGCGAGCGGCCUCUUGAGGUGCAGGCAGCGCUGCUGCAGCCUAGGCCGCAACCAGACCAUCGCGGUAAAGACCGCGGACCAGUUGAACAAGGAACCGCAGCAGGUGCAGCUGUACGGACCCGGCCUUGGUAAGGAGUCAGGGGCGCGGACGGGUUUCUGCCGCGACCUGAAAUCUGCCCUCCGAGCUGGCAGCGGACGGCGCGUGGCCUUCGCGGACAUGCACCAGUGCAACGUCUCGGCCGUUAGCGUGAACCCACACAUGCCCGCCUCUGCAUCCAUCUCGGCCAACCUCCAGACGCAGAGGCAUCCCAGAGCGAAGGCGGAGCGCGCGAUAGGGAAGUGUGUGGGCUUCCUGGAACCUGCUGACGGCGACGCCUCAGAUCCAUGGCAACCUUCCGAGGAGCCUCUCGGCGUGGACAGGGCCGCCGUGGCCAGCGAGAUCAGGGCGCUGCUGCGCGAGCGGUGCCCGGCGCUCCUCCUGCAGGAGUCCGACCAGCGUUUCCUCGAGGAGACCCUUUGCUAUCCCAGACGGCCUCUCGAGGGGUGA